AUGGGCAUACGACCCUCGCACCUUCCAACACCUGGCACCUUGGGACGGCCACCUGGCGACACACAGGCGCCAAACGAGGAGAGCACAAGGCCUCCUGAGUUUCACCCGGAUGUUUUCGGGGCCAAACAGCGUGCGGCGGCUGAGCUCAUCAAGGCCGUGCGAGCGCGGAAGGGCGGUCUCCGAGCUAUCCUCAAGCUCUCUGAUGGCCAAUUCGAGGAGGCAAAGAAGGAUCUGGCGAAGACUAUGGAGCAGUCCGUCCGAGAAGUCAUCAAGUCGUCGAAGUGA